UCUUUUAACGCCGGCGAAAAAAACGGCUGCGACUCCGAGUCACGCAGAGCGAGGCGCCGCUGGAGCUCCAGAGCUCCGGAGCCUCCGCUCGGCCAGUAGCACAACGCAUUUCACUGCCAUCGUCACAGGUCCCUGAGCCCCCAGAACUUCGUUGAAAACCAGCAGCUAUCGCCCCAGAAGUCACUGGAAAGACACACUGCACCACCAAACAACGCAGUGAAUCAAGCCUCACUUCGUGGAAAAGACCGACCCAGUUUCGUUCGCGCACAUCAACAGCUCGCCACAGUUACAGCCACCGGUACUAAAGCGCCCAACACUCCUCCGCGUCCGUCCUCCCCAUCUGCACUUUCGGAUUCGCCUACUCUCACACAGACCGACUGAACUCUACCAAAGUCUUGUCUGCGCCGGUCAACCAAGCACCAACUCGAAACUUCCGCUGCAGUCUCGUCUCGACUGCAAGUAACACCAAGAAACCUCUACUCCUAGCAACCGAUGGCGACUCAAAUGGACCAGCUCCCGCAAGUGCCGCCCCCGGGCACCAGUCCGCGCUCCAGUAACUCGUGGAGUCGCUGCGACCAGGCUGUAGCUCGUAUUGCCCCCAUUGCCACCACCACGUGCCAGGUUUGCUCCAAGUGCAUCGCAAAGGGCGAGUGGCAACUUGGACUCAUGUUCAUCCACGUUGAGGGCUUUAUGCUCAUGGAAUGGUAUCACCUGCAAUGUUCCAAGUCGCUACAGGGCAGUGGCCUGAAUGACGUUCUUCAGACCGUGCAGAGCGAGAUGACACCGGCGCAGAAGAAAGAGUUCCAGCUGGCUUGCCAGAAGACAGCAUGACUAGAAGAUGUUAUUCGAUGUCGAGUGCCGUCCGAGUAUCGUCACGUAGUCAAGUAGAACCCGUUUUGUCAAUAAGCACAGUAGUAGACGCCUAGAGCGAAAAAGUAGAUUGAAGAAACCAGUAAGAACAUGCAUCAAGCUAAAUGUAAGUAGUAUCAACGCAUCG